GAAACGGCUGGAGUCUUAUCAUUCAGCCCAGCCUGGCCUGCAGUGAUGAAGCUCGCUCUGUUUCUCCUGCUGGGUGUUGGAGGAGCCUACAGCCUCAAAAUCUGCUCCUUCAACAUCCAGUCCUUCGGAGAGAGCAAACUCUCCAAACCCACCGUCCUCAACAUCAUACUGGAGAGUAUUACUAGAUGUGACCUCAUGCUGGUCAUGGAAAUCAAAGACGUGAAGGGUGAGGCCUUCCCCCAGCUGAUGACUUACCUCAACAGCAGGUACAGAGGCAGGAAGCCGGAGUAUAGCUAUGUGAUCAGUGAGAGACUGGGUCGGAAGUCCUAUAAGGAGCAGUACGCCUUUAUCUACAGGCAGCGCUCCGUCUCUGUGAAAGCUGUGUAUCAGUAUCCCGACACACAGUCAGAAGAUGUCGACGCUUUCGCCCGGGAGCCUUUCGCUGUGUGGUUUUCAUCUCCAACAACAGAGAUCAAAGAUCUGGUCAUCAUCCCCAUCCACACAGCUCCAGAAGCAGCAGUUAAAGAGAUAGAUGAGCUGUAUGAUGUCUACCACAACGUCUCUCAGCACUGGCAAUCACAGCAGAACUUCAUCAUCAUGGGGGACUUCAACGCCGCCUGCGGUUACGUCCCCAAGAGAGAGUGGAGGAACAUCCGCCUGCGCUUGGACUCAGAGUUCCUCUGGCUGACUAAUGAUAAGCUGGACACUUCAGUUAAACACUCCACCAACUGCGCUUACGAUAGGGUGGUGCUUCGUGGAGAGAAGAUGAUCCAGGCUGUCAGUGCAGACUCAGUGGAAGUCUAUGAUUUUAAACAGGCGUUUGGACUCACAGAGACAGAGGCUCUGGCUGUGAGUGAUCAUUUCCCUCUUUGCUUUACUGUAAAUGCAGCUCGGAGGAGCGGUUAAGACCGUCGAGAGGUUUCUGCACUUCCAUGCUUCUUCUGACAAGAUCCUUAACCCUUGUGUGGUGUUCGGGUCUGUGGGACCCGUUUUCAUUUUUCAUCAAAUGAUACAAAAACAAUAUUUUGGCAUUGGCUCAUUUUUUGUGAAAAACAUAUAUCAAAACACAUUUUCGAUAAACAAACAAUACACCCCCCCCCCCCCCCCACACACACACACAUUUAUAUUACAUACAGUAUGUUUGGCCAAGGGCUAAUAAACAUUGCUUCAUUUGUAAAUUUGAAACUAAACAAAUUUUCUACUCAUAUCUUGAGUUUAAUUCAUUUUCUUUUACAUUUUAUUAAAAAAACUAAUAAAAAAAAGAGUAGCACUUUUUAAAAGAAUGUAACAUAAGAAAGGUAAAGGGCAAAUAUUAACCAUGUCAGCUGUUUAUAUUGCUUGCAAUUUAGGUGAAGCAAGCAUGUGUAAAGCAUUUUAAUGUAAAAUUGCUUAAUUUUGCUGAAUUAAAUACAAAUAACAAAGUAAACGAGUAACAAAAAUAUGAACACCACACAAGGGUUAAAGAUCUAAAAUAUCUGCUCAAACUCUUCAUGCACUGGAAAUAAAGCUGAUCAGGGUUAUAUGUGGGUUUCUACUGUACACACUCUGAAUAUUUAUCAGCUGCUGAAUGGAUAAUUAAUGCUUAAUACUCGAAAGCUAAAUUUUACGUUACAUUUAUGAUUAGCUAUUAACUGACGCUCUUAUCCAGAGACUAAAAUUACUGGAGGACCACGAAAAGAGUUCAGCGAAAAUCAGUAGAUUUUUAGAGGACGUCUGAGAAAAACACGUACAUGGUCGUUCUGCACUGGAAUAAAAUCACAGAGGAGCCAACAUAAAAGAAAAAUUUACCCACAAACCCCCCCCUGAGAAACUAAUCCUGUCCAAAUAGAGCUAUAGUCACCCAGAACGGGAAUUGAACCCUAGUCCCCCACAUGAUAUGAUAGCUCACUGGCAGGUAGUGGUGUUAUCCACUGCACCACAACUUUAUGUGAGGUUUCCAGGAAACGCAACAUUAGUAUUUCGCUUCAGGGCAGGAGAAGUAGAGCAUGCUCGUUAAUUAUAAACCAGCUGAUCAAAGGUGUGGGUUUACUGUUACUAACAGGCUGUGGGGGGUUAGUUAUUGCUUCACCUCUGUCUUCCAUUAAUUCAGUUCAGACUAAACAGAAUACAACAAUAUAUCAACAAUAUACAAUACAAUACAACAAUAUAUCAAAUGCAAUUAAAUAAAAUUUAUUAUGAAGAAAAUAUCAUAA